UAAGCAUAUUUUUUUAUUCCAGAGCAUAAAAUGUGCUUGUAAACACUCGGUAGAGAAACGUAUAAAGCGGUGCAGCGACACGGCCGAAGGUGCGGCGAGUACGGGACCUGCAGCCGAAUCCGUCCCGCUCCAGCUGACGUAUUUAUCGGGACAGAGAGCGUUAAAGAUCAAAUUUAAUCGCAAAAAUGCCGGGGAUGAUGGACAAAGGCUCCGAGUAUUUAGGGAAAGGUCGGUCAAACGGGACUAAAAGUCCGUCCAACGCGUCUAACGGACAUUUUUCUGACGAAAGCGGCAGCGACGACGAACAUGACAUUGGAAUGCGGGUUGGAGCGGAUUAUCAGGCAAAUAUUCCCGAAUUUGAGCCCGGUUCCAUCAAGUACACGGAAAAAGACAGCGGUGGGAUGCUGGUAUGGUCUCCUUAUCACUCCAUCGUCGACUCCAAAUUGGAUGAAUAUAUUGCUAUUGCAAAGGAGAAGCAUGGCUACAAUGUGGAGCAGGCUCUCGGUAUGCUGUUCUGGCACAAACACAACAUAGAGAAGUCCCUGGCUGAUUUGCCCAAUUUCACGCCUUUCCCAGACGAGUGGACCAUCGAGGACAAGGUUCUGUUCGAACAAGCUUUCAGCUUCCAUGGGAAGAGUUUCCAUCGCAUCCAGCAGAUGUUACCAGACAAAUCCAUCUCCAGUCUUGUCAAGUACUAUUAUUCGUGGAAGAAAACGCGCUCCAGAACGAGUCUGAUGGACCGGCAGGCCCGCAAACUGGCUAACAGGAGCAACCAGGACGACAGUGAGGAGGAGAUGGAGGAGGCCAAUCAUAUUGAGGCGAAUGACAGCGACUACGAUCCAAAUAAAGACGCCAAGAAAGAGAACCAGCCCGAGUUGGUGGUGCCGGGCACUAAGCCGGCGUUGGGGCGACGUGAGCACCAAACCCUGCAGCACCGACACCACCAGCGCUCCCGCUGCCGCCCCCCCAAAGGCAUGUACCUCACCCAAGAGGACGUUGUGGCUGUAUCCUGUAGUGCCUCUGCUGCUAACACGCUCCUUCGUCAGCUGGACAUGGAGCUGGUGUCCCUCAAGAGACAGGUCCAGAAUGCUAAGCAGAUGAACAGUGGACUGAAACAGCUGUUGGAGUCUGGGAUUGAAGAGUACAGACUGACUGAGUCCAACCAGAAGGUGAACGCCCGCUGGACCACAGAUGAGCAGCUGCUCGCUGUUCAAGGUGUCAGGAAGUACGGCAAAAACUUUCAGGCCAUCGCUGAUGUCAUUGGGAACAAAACCGUGGGUCAGGUGAAAAACUUCUUUGUGAACUAUCGCCGGCGGUUCAACCUGGAGGAGGUGCUGCAGGAGUGGGAGGCGGAGCAAGGAACGCAGGCUCCAAAUGGAGACAGCGCCACCUCAGGCGAAGAGGGGAAGAACAGUUCGACCACUCCUUCAGGCAAGAGCACCGAUGAGGAAGAUGAGGAGGGUCAAGUCACCUCUUCCGGCGCAUCGCCUGCUGCCUCCUCUUCUUCUUCAACUCAAAAUCCUGUGACUUCCAAUGCUUCCUCCUCCCUCCACCAGCCGCCUCCGCUCCUGAGGCCCUCUCUGCCGGCCACGCCGUCGCUACACCGCCAGCCUCCACCGCUCCAGCAACAGGCUCGCUUCCUGCAGCCUCGAACCACCUUGCAGCAACCUCCGCCCCUCAUCCGGCCCUCCAACCCCAUGCCGCCACGCCUCAACCCGCGCCCCACUCCCGUAACCCUGGGCAGUAACGCCGCUGGGCCGGGCCAGAGCUCCGCCCAGCAGCCCGCUGGCAUGGCCAUCCACCUGUCAGACACGGCGUCGUCGUCGUCCGUCCACUAACUACCUGCAGACCUCUCUGAGACGCAGUGGAGUGGAAAGUAGUUAAUUUCCCUUCAAGACAUUGGUAAAAUUACUGAAUAUCACAUCAAUGUUCUAGAAUAUCCCAAAAACGGCUAAUUGAAAUCUGGUGUUUUUCAUGUUAGAGGAUUAGAACCACUGAAAAAGGAAAAAAAAAUCUGAAUUUAAUGAAUGUCUGAGUGAAUUAAUUUAUUGUCUCUCUGCUCAUGUAGAAUGAAAUUACAGCCCAAAGAGCCAACCUCAAAAACGGUGAAAACAGGUUGAAUAUGGCGAUAUUUACAAUUAUAUAAAUAUGUAAACCACAGGAUAGAGAAACAAAAUGAUUACAUAUCUGCAACAAACUGAAUAGAAAAAAACAAGGAAAUUUCUGAUCUUGAAAGGUUGAAAAUUGAUAGAAAAACUAGGAAAUUUUGAGAUUAAUCUCAGAAAGUUUUGAGGGAAAAUUUUGUUUAAUUGGUCUAAAACUUUUCCCUUUUGUAAAUGUUUUUUCUGGAAAAUUUCUGCGAUCAAACUAAAAAUUUCAGUUUUCUUUCUAGAAAAUUUUUGACUUCCAGAGAUUUUUUUUGGCAUUUUGGCUGUAAUAUAUCAUUAUAUGGAGAAUUCUGACUUUUUAUUCAGAUUUCUGAGAUCCAAAGUCAGAAUUGCUGCUUUUUCUUUCUUUUUUUUUUUUUUUUUUUUAGUGGUCCUGGUCCUCUUCCAUAAUUUUUUUAACAUUGCAACAUGAAUUGGGAAAAGAAACAUAAAUCUGAUGUGACGUAGAGAUUUAUAAUCAAUGAAAACUAUCUGAGGUUCAGCCUUGUGUUGAAGUGCAGGUGCCUUAAAAUGCACAAGGUGCUGCCUGCAAAACUGGUUAAAAUUCAAAUUAUUCAGAUUUCUCAAAAAAUAUUCAUCUGUCUUAUUAUUUUUCUACCCCUGUUUUGCUCUGACCCAGUCAACUGGAAAAAUAUAUGUAGUGCACAUAUGUAUAUACUGUUAUUUAUUAGAUUAUCUUUUUCCCUCCUCUGAUUUAAACCUAAUUUCAUGAUAAUGUAGUUUUAAGUCACCAAAGAUGCUUGUGUUAAUUGAAAGUAUUCCUCCCCUGCUCUGAAAAACAUCUUUGCUGAAAGAUAACAAAACCAAACCCAAUAUUUGCCCCUGGCAGCUCAUUGAUAAAUUAAUUAACUUGUUUUAAGUUUCACAAUUCCCCAAGUUUAACAUCAAUGUUAUUUUUUUAAAUAUAAAACCAUCCUAAUUUAAUAUGAGCAUGCUAAAUCUUGCUAUUAUCUUUUGCAGCUAAUUUAACCUCAAUGUGUCAAAUUCACAAAGUUUUUUUCAGACUUGUUCACUCAGACCUUAAAAUUAAAGUUGUAGUGAAAUAAAAGUAAAGCCUCUUUUAAUCUGUGCGUUUCAGGACAUGAUAAACGGGUUCUAAACGUACUUAAAUCUAACCUCAUUCCUACCAGGCUUUUUGUCUUUACAUCCACUGCAAAUGCUUUCAUACAGUUGAAGUAAAAAAAAACCCCAAAACUUUUCAAGUAACUUUUUAGCAGGAUAAACAAGAUUAUUUUAAGUCAAUAAAUCCUUAAUAUUGAUGAAAAUGUUCUAGUUUCCCAGGCAGAUUAUUUAAUUCAUGCAAGACAUUUUCCCCUGUUGUAAAUGAAAUAAUCUGCAAGUGAAAAUAGUAUAUUUUUUUUAUUUCAUUUGAUCAAUAUUAAGUUAUUAUUUAUUUCAAACAAGCUCCUAUAUCCUGCUCAAAAGUUACUUUUUGUUAGUUUUGUCUUAUUUCAAAUGUACUAAUUAAUCCCAAACAAUAUUAACAAUACUAAAAAUAUUUGGUUAGUAUUUGCAUUUUCACAGUGUAGAUAUUUAUUUAUUUUUUUCCAAAAAGUCAUGCAACAGUUCUGGCUCUAAAUGAUUUUUAUUUCCCCGGACUAAGACUAAAAAUUGCUCUUUGGAUUAUAAAUUUUGCAGACCUUUUGAGAUUAAAUCACAUAUGCAAAGAUGGGCAACUUUAAUAAAAAUUUUCCCCCCUUUUUAAAAAAAAUAAUCAUCCUAGUUUUAGAGUGAUUAAUUGCUAAUAUUGUCUUGAUCGUGCCUUUAUAAUUUUUCAGAAAUUGAUUUCUAGGAACAAUUUCUUCUGGUAUUUCACCAGAAAAUUGCCCAAAGUUGCUGAUAUUCCGUUAAUUUUCUCGCCACAAUGAAAACCUUUACCAUGUAGAUGCUGAUAAAAUAACACCUGAGGUUAGAGUUGAGUAAUUUUAGAGCCUGGUAUUUGUCAGAUAAAACCAGUGAGCUGAAGGAGGGUGUACUUUCUUUUUACCAGGACCUGACCUCAGCGGGGAGUUGUUUGUACAUACUAUUGUAUUAUUGUUAUGAUGGCCAAUGCACGCUACGCUACAAGAUGUUGGUAGGACUCUAAAGUGCUGUUUUUUGUGUGUCUGCAAUGUCCGUCUGUUGAUUUUUACUUUAUUUACUCUGUUAAGGAUCCUACUGAACUCUUUAUUACACUACAAAAACACAAAAUAUUACCUAGCAAUUUUACUCUAGUUCCUCGUCCUAGUUUCAAAAGUUGAACAUUUCCACUUUAAUAAAAAUUUAGACAAUUAUAGAGCUAAAUUUUGGCCAUAAAGUUUGUUUACAAGACAAACUUUAUGGAACUGGGGAAAAAAGAAUUCCAAACUCUUUUUCAGUUUCAAAUGUUUUUUUUGUUUUGUUUUUUAGUUUCAUUCUUUGUUAUUUUGAUCAAACUUUAUGGCCCCAAUUUAACUCCAUAGAUAAUCAUUCUUUAAUACUGAUGAACAAGCGCUUGUUCCACUGGCAGAAUAAUUUACUUUUACAAGAAAUUUUUUUCCAUGUUAUAAGUGAAAUAAUCUACCAAUGAAACAAUUUUUUUUUUCAUCAAUCUUAAGGAAUUAUUUACUUAAAACAAGCUCAUAAUUCUUGAUUAACUUAAUUUUAAGUAAGCUUUGUUUUAUUUCAAGCGACUUGAGAUAUUUGCAGUAAAAUCUAGACCAAAAUUACUUGGUAAGAUUUUGUUUUUGCAGUGUAUCUACUUGUUUGUGGUUUUCUGCUCCUGUGGUUCUAUCUUAAAACUCUGCGUUUAAUUUAAUUGGAAAAAUGCCUCCUAAUGUCGCAAUAAACAAGACGGAAACCUGUUUUGUUUAACUUUCAGGCAAUUUAUAGGAAAAUAUAACAUUUUAGCAUUAUUUUCAGACUCUGUUCUGAAGAACUCCUUUAUUUUCCAUCAAUUAGACCCGCCUUUAAGACACUAAAAGCCUGUGGAAUAAAUAUUUUUUGAUAAAUUAGUUUUUACUCCUGUGUUGUUGUUUUUUUCACUAAUUGAAUGAAACUGGGAACCACUUUAUCAUCUGUAUGUGAUGUAUUUAGUUUGAAAAUUAUUUAUAGUCCUUUUGUAAUAUCAGUUUGGAUUUUAUGUAAAGCUAAUCAUUGUGAAAAUGCUUGUUUUUCUUUCUUUCUUUUUUUGUACGUAUGUAUCAUGAUUGACCUUUAAUGUAACUAGAAUCAUAUGAAAGGUUGUAUUUUCAUCAGAACUUUGACCUUUGAUGUGAAGCCACUUGGUUUUCUCUCUCUCAGUUGGACUUGAUAGUUCUUAAUAAACAUUUUAUUUAAAAAUU